CGAUGGAGUCGUUGGAUCUCUCCCGAAUCCAGCGCGUCGUCCUCCUCAUCGACCUCCACCCUCUCCUUCGCCUCCAAAACCCUAAUUCGUAUCUCUCACCCGUCCUCUACGCCGCCCGAAAGAUCCUCUCUUUCACCCCUCUCUCCUCCUCUCUCUUCGCCUAUAAGCUCUUCUUCUCCUCCCUCUCCCCCGUUCUCUCCACCUCCAAGGUCCACCACCUCCUCGGCAAGUCCCCCACCUUCCUCUCCUUCGACCACCCUCCUAGCACCCUCAAAUCCCUCUCCCAAAUCCUAAAUUCCCUCGCCCCCGUCUCUGGUCUCGGCCACUCCACCGGCCUCAGCUCCCCUAGUGCGUCCCUGCUCGCCAGAUCUCUGCUUCAGCUCGAGCAUGACUAUGGAUGGGAGACCCACUUUCGGAACCCUAAAGGUACGACAGAAUUGGUAACCGUUCGUUCAAAUCUGGUCGUUUUGUUCUCGCCGCUCUCCCAUAGUUUGAAUUUUUUAUCAGAAGACAUCGACUUAGAAAUGGGCGUUGAUGAAAACUCAUCAAUGUCAGUGGAUUCGUUCUUGAAUAGAUUCUUUAAAUUUUUUGGUUUGGUGAAUGAGAGGUUAGUAUCUAAAGAUAUCCAUAUUAGUUGGAUCGAUGUUGAUUUCGAGCCACGAUGCACAGAAGAAGAUUUGGGGUCAGAUUUCCUUGAAAAGGGAAUUAGGGAAUUGGGGUGGGGUUUUAGUUCAACGGAUGCAAUAGUACUGGGUUCUGCUCUUGUUCCUUUUGGGCUGAUAUUCCCAUACAUUGGGUGCGCCAUGGAGUUUAUUCCUGCCAGUAAUGCCAAAAAAGGUGGCAUGAAAUUGAUUUUGGGGAUUUCAGAUGCAAGUGGGGAGCCUUUGGAGUGCAAAAUUUGUGGCCUUGAGGUUCUUGAUCUGAAGCUGCUCAGUGAAAGGUCGGAUAUUAGGAAUCUUUUCUCAAAUAAUUCAGGCAAAAAUAUUAAAAAAAUUUGCAUGGGGCAGGUGUGGAAGAAACGUGAGGGCGAAAAACUCAUGCUCAACCCAUCUGCCCUAGUAUUAGUCCACGGGAUUUCAGGGGACUGUAAGAAAGAAAGAAAAGGUCACUCGAGAAGAGAAUUCUUUGCAGACAGGGUUCUUGAAUUGCUUUGUGCAGAAAAAGGUGAGCUUGCAGAGGGCAAGCCAAUUUGGCAGCUCCUUCUAGCUUUCCUGUAUAGUGGAAACUAUUGGGCAUCAGUGUGUAUAUCUGAUAGUGAUGGCACCUCUCUCAAAGGCAUCCUAUCGCCCUUGACGAUUAAUUAUGCAUUGCUCAGUAUUGUAGAAAAAAUUUCUUUGGGUUUGUGCCAAUCGGCUAUCAGUACUGGUAAUGGCUCAUCUGAAAUACUAGACAGAUCUGCACCUUCUGCAUCCAAAGAUAAGGAUGAUAGAAGGAGACGUAAAAUGCAAGCAGAUCUCUUUCAGAAUGCCACACUGACUUCCUUUCGUGAAGUAGUGCUUAGUCAUGAUGAUAAUUCUGCUUCAGGAGCAGAUUUGGAAGAAUUAUACUUUGGUGGGGAAUGUAACAUAUCCAAGAAGUUGCGGUUUUUGAGAUGUUGGAUGAGACAGAUAAAAAAAUCAAGUAAUAGUCUGAAUAUCAUAUUAAAUGAACUAAAAGAAUAUCCAGAUGUAAAAGAAGAAAUGGAGGAAAGAGUUGUGACUUUGCAAGAGGAGCCCGGUUCACACAUUUUUGCUGCUUCUGCAGAUGACUCAUACCUUAGUAGGUUGGGAAAUGAGGAGGUUUCACCGUUUGCUUGCAUGGAAGAUAUGGAAGCUUUUCUCGGGAGUAUUCCUCAGAAAAUUGAGGAAGGUUUAUGUUCAGAAGAUGCAGAUUUGGGGUUCUUAGCUGAACGUAUGGUUGCUUUAUCCAUCCAUGCUCUGUAUAUGAAGUUUGGAAGGAAUGCAAUAAAGCAAUCUUCAUCAGAGGAAGCAGAGGCUGCUUCUGACUCGAAGAUUGUUGCUGAAAUUUCUCACCUUCUUUUGAGGAAACCCAAGGAUUUAAUAUUAAAGUACAAAGGAGUCAAUCCUGUGUCUCUUUCAUCUGAUCGAAGCACUGCCUUUUACAGCACAGAGAAUAAAAUACAAGAGCAUGAAUUGCAAAUCCUCUUUAGAAUGGAGAUACUUCGUUUGAAAAUUGGGGCAAGGAUCGAAGAGAAACAGAAGAUGAUCAAGGAGAUUUGCUCACUUUUGCAGUUCAUUGACAUCAAUCUUCAAGGUGAUUCAUUUCAUAGUGAGGGUAUUCUUGAAUUUGCAGAGAGGACCAUAAAAGCCAGGUUUGCUCAUUGUAUAGGAGAUGUCAUCCAUCAAAUUUACAAGCAAAUGGAGUUUGACUUAUUUGAUGAGGAUGAAGUGGAAGCCUCUGAUACCCUACCUAGCAGCAAUAAUGAUGAAAUAAAGAAGGAUGAAGAUAGCAAUGAUAGAAUACCUGGGAUAGCAACUGGAUUAGUAGUCGGAGCUCCCAGCUACUGGCAUCAGCAGGAGAAGGGUGUCAAGAGCCAGCCAAAAAUAAUAGAAAAUGUGCAUGAGAGACAGCUAAUGAAAGCUAUGGAGAGAAGGAAUAGGGAUCGAAAGCUCUCAGCAUUCACUAGUUGGAUGCCAGAUUUGCAGAGAGUGUGGGCACUCAAGCAGCCAAGGGCAAAGAGAUCAACCCAUGAUCUGCUGCGUAAGCCAUCAAAACGAAGGAAACAGCGGGCGGCUGCGAAUGAUAUGGUUUGUGAGACUCCAAUGACUGGGAAAAAAUAUUCAAAUGUGCAAGAAGAUGAUACAGGCUGUGGCAACUCAUGCAGAUCCCUUUCCAAAGCUUUGUUUCAUCAUGAAGGGGAUUCUGGUUCUGGUAUCAUCUCAUGAUGGCCUGUUGUUUCUCGCAUUGUACCAUGAAGCUUACAAGCACACAGAGCUUGCAUCGUAAGCUGGUGCUUUUAUCCCUGAUCCAUGAAAUGUUGUAUUAUCAAGUUUAUGGCAACAUUAUAAAUUUUAAUAUAUACAUACAAAUUCU